CUGAAAACAGACACCAUUGGUUAGUUUCCACUUGAGAGUUCCGAGUGUUAAUUCUAUCUUAAUUCAUUACAAGCAAUUAUUUUUGCCAGGAAAUGUUCUCUUGAAUUAUUCCGGAAAUUUUCUUUGGAGAAAGUGUUUUUUCCUUGGAGAAUCCGACUUGUGCUCUGUGUAUUGACCAUUGCUUGCACGCAGAUGGUGACAACUGGAAUCCCAACGGACCCGCAUUUUCUCGCUCCACAAAAUUAGACAAUGAAAUUAAGACAUGGAUUUCAAAUUGAAUUGAAUGUGUUCGGCAAAUGAGGGUUAUAAUUGAAUAUUUACUCGACUGAAAGGAAAUAACUACUCCAGAAUCUCUAAGCUUUUUUUGCGUUUUCGAUUGAUGCUAUUUAUUAAACGGACAGAAAAAUAUCCUUUCAUCAUUUGGUUUGUACAAGUGCAGCAGAACGAUGGAUUGGUUUAUUUUUGUGGUGGUUGUUUUUGUGCCUUGUGUAUUUUGUGCUGUACCCGUAACGAACGAUAAUUGUACUUAUCUGUUUGACAUGGAAAGAAAUUCUAUCAAAGUAACGUGUUCUAAAAAUGUGACCGUGACCAUUCGGGGGAAAGGAAAUACAAAACUACUGACCGGAAAUGAUGAAGCCAUGAAAUAUUGGUUUGAAGCCAACCUAAAUGCUCAUAACAAUAAAACAACUCGUUCUGGGGAUUUUAAUACUAAAGCCAUGCACAAAUUAAAAAGUGCAAAUAGGAUUUUACGGAAAUCGAAAAAGAUUCUUGGAAAGAGGUUGGUUGCCCUUAAUGUUACAUCAGGGGAUUUAGAGGACGGGGACGUCAAACUUAAAAACGAUGUUGAGAUUUUACAAAGAUAUCCACCAGGUUCCAUAUUUGCUCAUCAAUCUAUUGUUGCAGCCAUUAAAAAUCAGUACAAAUAUCUCCAAAUGGCCAUGCUUACCCAAAACAACGAAAUGAAACAACUUGUUAAGUCAAUGACGUCAUUAGUUUCGGCUACCCAGAAGUCCAUUCGAAGUGUCAUGGCUAUGGGUGAUGAGUUGCAAGAACAACUGGUUCUGCUUAAUACAGCUCUUGUCCGAUGUAAUAUGACGAUCGUCAACAAGCAAAAAGACUACUGCCCUCGGAUUUUGACGUCUAUUUACCCAUCAAAAGACAGAGUGGUCAAAGUGGGUAUCGCAGUGGGUACUAUCAUGAAAGAUCCGAUUCCAUCCGGUCUGUACUGGGUGACGUAUGAUUUCAGUGACAUCAAUGAGGUAGUCUCUUACAAAACUUUAGAGGACUUUGAGUUGGAUAUUUCCCAAGAAAAACUCAAACUUCCGUUUUUCUGUGAGGGUACAGGGCAUACAGUGUACAAAAACUACUUUUACUGUCAAAAGAUGAUGACGAAUAAAAUUGUAAGGUAUAAUCUCAUGGAAUCUCGUUGGUUGGGAGAAUUGGAACUUCCGGGUGCAGGUGCGCAUAACGCUUAUCCAUACCAGUCGGAUCGGUUUAGUGAUAUCGACUUUGCAACUGAUGAAUACGGAUUAUGGGUAAUUUAUGCGUCCUCGGCAUCCAGCGGAAAUGUUGUUAUCAGCAAGAUUAACGAGGACAAUUUUACGAUUUCAGAAACAUGGACGACAUUAAUCCCCAAACGCACUGUUGGAAAUACGUUUAUGAUCUGUGGAAUAUUAUACGCAACGGAUUCUUACACUAAUUCGCCAACGUACAUUAAAUACAUUUAUAAUACCCAAAACGGGGGUAAUAAAGAACUAAAAAGCACGGAAAUAACGUUUACAAACACUAUAAGGAAUGAAUUUGUUUCAAACUAUAUGCUUGACUAUAACCCAUUGGACCGGAAGUUAUACACGUGGAAUCAUGGGAGAAUUGAAAUAUAUUCAACGAUGUCCUCAACAAUCGAUAAAUAACGAGAAAUAGUGGAGUGCAGUAACUUUUCAGGAUAAAAAAAGGAGAUUCAUGCAUUCGAUUAUUCCGGAGAGUGUAUUGUUAUAAUUACUGAAAGUAACAAAAUAACACAACCGUGAACCAAAAAAAUAUUAUUGAUUAGUACUUUGUUAAUAAUUUAUUGCCCCACCAGUGUCUAUUAUAAAUAGUAUGUAUCUCUCUUCAGUAUCUAUAUGGACGUGUUACAAGUGGUGAUUAAUGUUGCUAGUGGCGGCUAGUGCACGAGCGAAAAUUAAUUACAGAUGCUUGAAUAAAAUGGUCCUCAUUUAAUUGUAAAAUUCAUGUUAGUCAGGACUUGUAAACGAUUUCACCUUUUAGUUCACUAUAUGUGUACUUUUUAAGAAUUUUUUUUAGUUCAAUUGUUGAAUUUCAAUUUAAAUUAUCUUUGUAUUUCAAUAACAAUUUCUUUUUAUAAGUAGAUUUUUCGUUGCCGCAAUUGUUUUUGAAUCGCAAUAUCUCAUUUUGAUAAAUUGCUGGAUUUUAUAUGUAAUUGUAUUUUUGUACAUUUUUGACACAAAAUCGAUAGAACUGCAACAGCUUUUUUGAAGCAAGGACAUCCAGUUGCAUUGUAUUGAUAUACUGUGCAUAGAAAUAUUGUAAAUAGUCGAGACGAUAAUCUGGGACAGUUCUGAUCCUAGUCACAAGCCUGUUUAAUUAAAACAAUUAUGAAAA